AUGAAACAGGUGACACAGGUGACAAACGUGACACAGGAGACACAAGUGACACAGGUGACACAAGCGACACAGGGGACACAGAUGAAACAGGUGACACAGGUAGCACAAGUGUUAGGUGACACAUGUGACAAACGUGACACAGGAGACACAAGUGACACAAGUGACACAGGUGACACAGGGGACACAUAUGAAACAGGUGACACAGAGGACACAAAGAACACAGGUGUAAUCAGUACCAACUACGGCCAUAGGUACCAACUACUGUACGGCCUCAAGUUCCAACCACGGCUUCAAGCUCCAACCAACCACGUCCUCAAGAACCAACCAAGGCCUCAAGAACCAACCUACCACGCCGUCAAGAACCAACCAAGGCCUCAAGAACCAACCUACCACGCCCUCAAGAACCAACCAAGGCCUCAAGAACCAACCAACCACGCCCUCAAGAACCAACCAAGGCCUCAAGAACCAACCAAGAACCAACCAAGGCCUCAAGAACCAACCAACCACGCUCCUCAAGAACCAACCAAGGCCCCGAAGAACCAACCAACCACGCCCCUCAAGAAACUCAAACCACCUCAAGAACCAACCGACCACGCUCCUCAAGAACCAACCAAGGCCUCAAGAACCAAACCAACCACGCCUCAUGAACCAACCAAGGCCUCAAGAACCAACCAACCACGCCUCAAGAACCAAAUCCAAGGCCUCAAAACCCAACCACGGCCUCAAGAACCAACCAAGGCCUCAAGGACCAACCAACCACGCCCUCAAGAACCAACCAAGGCCCUGUUCCAACCACGGCCUCAACAACCAAAUCCAAGGCCCCAAGAACCAACCAAAUCCACGCCCUCAAGAACCAAAUCCGGCGCCUCAAGAACUCAACCCCACACGCCCUCAAGAACCAAACCGGCGCCGCCCCAAGAACCAACCUACCACGCCCCUCAAGAACCAACCUACCACGCCCUCAAGAACCAACCAAGGCCUCAAGAACCAACCUACCACGCUCCCUCAAGAACCAACCAAGGCCUCAAGAACUACAACCUACCACGCCCUCAAGAACCAAAUCCAAGGCCUCAAGAACCAACCUACCACGCCUCAAGGAACCAACCAAGGCCUCAAGAACCAACCACCAACCACGCCCUCAAGAAACCAACCAAGGCCCCAAGAACUAACCUACCACGCCCUCAAGAAACUGCCAAAUCAAGGCCUCAAGAACCAACCAACCAAGGCUUCAAGUCCCAACCAAGGCCUCAAGAACCAACCUACCACGCCCUCAAGAACCAACCAAGGCCUCAAGAACCAACCAACCACGCCCUCAAGAACCAACCAAGGCCUCAAGAACCAACCUACCACGGCCUCAAGAACCAACCAAGGCCUCAAGUUCCAACUACGGCCUCAAGAACCAACCAAGGCCUCAAGUUCCAACCACGGCCUCAACAACCAAUCAAGGCCUCAAGUUCCAACCGCAACACUAUAUACGGAUCGUGUGUCCUAAGCUCACAGCUCUAG